CGUCACACACCCGCACUCUCUUUUUGUCGCUCGUCAUUUGUUCAGCUAGGUCGCAUCUCUGACCCGACCAGCUAUUGCUGCAGUAGAUCGCUUUACCUUCCAUCAAUGGCGGAGGCCCAGAGCGAGAAAACCCCAACCCUAUCUGAGCAAUAUUUGUUAAAGGGGGAGGAGAAGCCAGAUGUGGGUACUAAAUCUGUGGAAGUAAAAGAGGUUGAGAACCCAGUAAAUACUGCCUCUGAGGAAGUUGUCCCCGACAAAGCUGAGGGUUCGCCUGUUGCUGAAGAAAGCACUGAAGUUACCCCAGUUACCACUGAAGAUAGCAGUGAAGUCACCCCUACUGCCACUGAGAGCACUGAAGCCGAUUCUGCUGCUGUUGAAAACAGUAAUGAAGCUGCUGCUGAAGCAAGCAGUGAAAAUUCUGAAGAGGAGAGUGCUGGUGAUCAAGAAGCUGCUGAAGAGCCGGAGAUCAAGCUUGAGACAGCACCUGCAGAUUUCCGCUUCCCAACUACAAAUCAAACAAGGCAUUGCUUUACUCGAUACAUUGAGUAUCAUCGGUGCAUAGCUGCAAAGGGGGAUGAUGCCCCAGAGUGUGAUAAGUUUGCAAAGUACUAUCGUGCUCUUUGCCCUGGUGAAUGGGUUGACAGAUGGAAUGAGCAAAGGGAGAACGGAGCGUUUCCAGGUCCUCUGUAGAUGAGGCAGCCAAGUUGCUCUACUGAAUUCCAGAUAUGAUUUCUUUGAUGAGAUAUGGACCCUCAGGGAAUUUGCUAAUAGAGCAGUGAGUUAAUAAGAAAUUUUGCUUGUUUCUUGGAACUAGUUCCCCUCCAAAUACAGAGGAAUUGUUGCUCAUAAACAAAUUAAAGUAUUGUUUUAUCUUCA